AUAUUUUCAUCACUAACCCCCCCCCCCCUCUCUCUCUCUCUCUCUCUCUCUCUCUGUGAUGGAAAAUUACCCAACAUUCUUUUCUUCAUCCACAUCGCCUGCUCCUUCUUCCUUGUCAUUGAACAUGGGAAACCCAGCUCAUCAUGCUUACAAUAGUACUGAUCUUCGCCAAUUCCAAAGUAGUAAAUCAUCGAAUGGGUUCUUAGGGCUGAUGUCAGAGAUGGGGGCUUCAAACAACAUGAUUAAGAACAAUUUUAGUUCUCAGGGAAAAAGCGUCGGAGGAUCUGGAACUAGUGCGCCAACUGUGAGAUUAGGGAUGAAAAAAGGAGAUCAGAAAAAAAUAAGAAAGCCGAGAUAUGCUUUUCAAACAAGGAGUCAAGUUGAUAUACUUGAUGAUGGAUAUAGAUGGAGGAAGUAUGGUCAAAAAGCAGUGAAGAACAACAAAUUUCCAAGAAGCUACUACCGAUGCACGCAUCAGGGCUGCAAUGUGAAAAAGCAAGUUCAAAGGUUAACGAAAGAUGAAGAAGUCGUUGUGACAACUUAUGAAGGCAUGCAUUCUCAUCCCAUCGAGAAGAGUACUGAUAACUUUGAACAUAUUUUGAGCCAGAUGCAAAUCUACACUUCAUUUUAAUUAGUUAUAUGUCAAUGUGCACUGCGUAAAGAGACAUAUAAUAUUUUACAUGCAAGCUGUAGUUUGUGAAUAAUUGUGUAGUUUAAUUUGUAACAAAAAUAAAAUGUACGCAUACGCGUCAGGAAUUUAGAUUUCACACUAUUAAUUUCAGGUUUUAUUCUAUCA